GAGCAACUUUUCAAGUUGUAACAAUUGAGGGCGGUAUUUAAACCAAAUGACGUCUCGAGCAAUGUUGACGUUGAGCUGAGGGUGAGGCUCUUAUUAAAUUGGCCGUUAUAGGUGAUAUCUGCCAGCAACCAUGGAUCGCAAGCACAUCUUGAGUCUACUCUUUGUACUUGUCUUCCAUGCGCAUGUCGUGUACAAAAUAGUCGGUGCACCAGCAGCAGAUACAGUGGAUCACAAUGAAGGUCAGAUCAGGCAACCUCGCGAACCAUCCAACAAGAAAGCAACCGCCAUCCCAGAGCAGAUCCACAUUGCCCUCGGCGACGCCGUGACAGAGAUGGUUGUCAUGUGGUCAACACAAGCUCGGUCAUCAUCAGUGGUCAAGUACGGCCCGUUGCUGGACAGCUUGAAUCUGGUGGCCAGCGGUGACUGCGUGGAAUUCUCUUGGCUGGAGGGCAACGCAGAGGGUUUGCAGUUCAUUCAUCGGGUCAAGUUGAGGAAUCUCCUGCCAGCAACUAACUACUCAUACAAGGUGGAGAGUGAUAGCCAGGAAAGCUCGAUGUUCACAUUUGCAACAUUGCCAGACACAACGGACUGGUCCCCAACGCUGCUUGUAUUCGGAGACAUGGGUCACGUUGGUGGGGCGCCAAGCUUGCGUCUCCUGAACGAGGCGGCGACAAAAAGAACUGCAGAUGUUGUCAUCCACGUUGGGGACUUUGCCUAUGAUUUCCACGACGAAGGAGGAAAGGUAGGGGAUGCCUUCAUGAAUAGAAUCCAACACGUAGCAUCUACAAUUCCAUACAUGACCUGCCCGGGCAACCACGAGAUUCCAAACAGCUUCAGCCAUUACCGCUAUCGCUUCUCAAUGCCCAGUCUGCCAUGGCCGAUGCCCCUGGAGAAAAUGUGGUUCAGCUUCAACGUUGCCAGAGCACACUUUGUGAGUUAUUCAACAGAAGUGUAUUUCACCAACGGCCCCGUCGAUGAGCAGUAUGAGUGGCUACUGAAGGACCUAGAGGAGGCUAACAAACCGGAGAAUCGACAGCUACGGCCCUGGAUCAUAGCCAUGGGUCACCGACCAAUGUACUGCUCCAACGGAAACAACGACGACUGCACUAACAAAGGCAGCAAGGUUAGAGAAAGUUUGGAGGAGCUGUUCUUUUCCCAGGGGGUGGAUAUAAUCAUCCAAGGCCAUGAGCAUUCCUAUGAGCGGCUCUGGCCAGUGUACAUGGAACAGGUGUACGCUGAGAACUACACCAAUCCCCGGGCACCUGUGCACAUCAUUGGCGGGGCGGCCGGCUGUAAUGAUUGGUAUGGCUCCUGUGCAGACCCAAUUCUGUUUCCUCGCGGCCCCUGGUCCGCCUUCCGAUCCUGGCUUCCUGGGCUGUACGGAAUCGGCAAAUUGAUACUUCACAAUGCAACGCACGUCCAGUGGCAACAACUCAUUGCGCUCAACGGUCAAAUCAUGGACGAUGUGUGGAUCGAGCAGAAUCAUCAUGGCAAAUUCUCAACCACUCCCAGUGACCAAGAUAGCUGAAAAAAUUGCGUUUUACAGCCCUUGGCUGACUUGUAAAUUACAGACACGUCAAGUUGCUUGCUGAUUUUAUUUGAUUCGUAAAUUUUAGCAAUAAAACCGAGGAUUCCUUAAAAGCACCCUAGGCACUAUAGCUCGCAAGCCUGAAGAAACCUGUAGAGAGGAGACCAUGAAGAAUCAAAAAUAAGUUUGGGAUGUGGGAGGAAAACCUCAGAAGAAUUUUUGAAAGGAAAACCUCACAGAAUCAGUAUAGGGACUGAAAAACCAAUCCACAUGUGGACCUACAAUCCCGGCCAAAAGGGUUGGGACACUUCCUGAGCCUGCCACGGUCACCCACUCC